AUGUCCAUACGCCGCCUGCCCAAAGAUGCCGUUGACAAGAUCAAGUCGUCUUCCGCCAUCACCUCCUUGAACCAAGUUAUCUGCGGCCUGCUCACCAACUCUCUCGACGCCUCCGCCACCAAAGUUACCAUCAGUCUCGACUAUGUCUUGGGUAACUGUACCGUCCAGGAUAACGGUCUCGGCAUAGAGCCGGGCGAGUUUGAACCUGAUGGUGGCUUAGGAAAGCUGCAUCACACCUCAAAGACUCCGCCAAGCCAGAGUAUUCACGGCAGUCAUGGCCGUUUUGUUGCCUCCACGGCUGCUGUUUCUCUCCUAACCAUAGCAUCACAUCAUUCACGGCACACCUCUCAUGGAUUUCUCUCUAUUCACAAUGGCAAGGUGCUUGCUCGACAUGUCCCUGCACCGCCAGAUCAGCGCUUCGAAUCAUUCAGUCAUGGAACCUCCGUAACCGUCCGCAAUCUUUUCGGUCCCAUGCCAGUUAGAGUAAAGCAACGCGGUCAAUUGUUCUCGGACCGCUUUCGGGUCGACAAGGAAUGGGAGGCUCUCGUCCGGGACAUUACCGCCCUCCUAUUGGCAUGGCCGUCUGAAGUAUCCGUUGCGCUUAGAGAAACAAACACGAAGAAGGAACAGCGUUUAAAGUCUGGCAACGCGGACGUUGUGUCUCGAUCUUCACGGCUAUUCACACAAGCAGGACUAGCUGAUAGUGAGGAUAGUGAUUCUUGGGUACCUGUCUCGGUCGCAAGUCGCCAUGUGAGAAUCAAAGGCGCCAUCUCAAAAAAUCCAGUGGCAACUCGUCGUCCACAAAUCAUGAGCCUCGGUAUUCGGCCCAUACCAAACGAGUUCGGUACCAAUGUUCUUUACGAAGAAGUCAACAAGCUCUUUCAAGACUCGCACUUUGGUGUCGUUGAGGACGAUGACAAAACUGGGAGCAUGCAGGCAAAGCCCAGAAAAGGCCUUGAACGGUGGCCAAUGUUUUACCUGGAGAUACAUCUACUCGGGUCCGGUGGCGACUUGGCCAUGGAUGACGUUCUCGGGAACUCGCAGCACAGCUUACAAUCCAUAAUCGAUCUGUUGAAGGUUGUAUGUUACGGGUUCUUGAAGAAGCAUUUCCUACAGCCAAAGCAUAUUCAGCCGAUUAUGGGGAAGCCAAUGGCUGUUAGAAGUAGACGGAUCGCACACCCGUAUACGCCGCAGCCUGCCCCCGAAAGACAGCCAUCUCCUCAAGCUCAGUCGGCUGUGGCUACGGGAACAGCCCUCAGACGGCCAUAUAGUCCAUUUAAUGAGUGGAGUCGUAUCAAGGUUGGACGGGCUACUGUUGAAUCCAAGGUCGACCGCCAGGCUGAUGUGAGUGUGGCCCUGUCUGCCAAGGGUACCACUCGCCGUCUGGUGGGUGAGAAUGGUGUGUUGUUGCGGAAACCUUUUGACGGCAUUGGCGUUGGUGAGGCCGAUGCCCAGAAUCAGCCUACGAACAGAACCGAUGCCAUUGCGGAGAAUUCUGCAACUACUGAUAACACAAAUAUCAGUGAGGGAGGCCAAGGUUGUCCAUCGCCAGCAAUCACGACACCAGAACCGAAAGCUCGAAAGUUGGAAAGCGGGUCAAAGGCAGUACCACAGGAAUGGCUACGAGAAGUUAUUCAUUCAUGGAAGAACCCCGUGUUCGAACUCACCGAGCCUCGGAUACCAACCCUCCAUCAGGACACUGCAGCCGAACAGUCCGUCAACGCAGGUCGCGAUGGACCGUCAAGCAAAUUUUACUCACGAGAGAAUGAUGUGCAGUUUGAAGCAGCGGCAAUGUCUCUGAACGGACGACUGUCUCGGGCUGCGCUGGCCCAGGCGGAGAUAAUUGGCCAGGUCGAUAGAAAGUUCAUUCUACUCAGGUUGCCACUUCACUCCGCAGACGCGAAACAAACAACUGAUCCGUCAUCGGCCCUCAUCGUGCUCGAUCAGCACGCAGCAGAUGAACGAUGUCGCCUAGAAGAGCUGAUGUCUCAGUAUUUCGAGCUUCAUACCUUGCAAGCCAUGUCGACACCUCUAGAAAGCCCCAUCGCGUUUGAGGUUUCUGCCAGAGAACAUGAGCUUUUGGGCCGGUUUCAGAGCCACUUUCGAACAUGGGGCGUCAGCUACAGGACCAGCGGCAAGAGCGGACACGAAAUUGAAAUCAAGUCUCUGCCACCAAGCAUCAUAGAGCGCUGUCGAAAUGAACCAAAGCUUGUGAUUAAUCUCGUAAGAAGGGAAAUUUGGAGGCUCGAAGAUGGGGUCGUACCACCAAGACCGGUCCACGAAGCAGGCAAAUCCUGGGUUUCUUGUUUCCACAGCUGUCCUCAGGGAAUACUGGAGCUUCUUCACUCCAGAUCCUGUCGAAGCGCCAUUAUGUUCAAUGAUGAAUUGAGCAGGGACGAAUGCAAGAAGUUGGUGGGGCGUCUUUCGCGAUGCGCCUUUCCAUUUCAAUGCGCGCAUGGCCGGCCGAGUUUAGUGCCAAUUGUUGAUAUUGGAUUAGGGGGGAGAAUCGGGGAUUGGAAGGGCUCAACUUUUGGUGUUGGCCGGUGGAAGAGUUGGAUUGAGAAGUGA